UAUUUGUCCUCUUGAAGUAGCAGCCAGAGGCUCUCUCUCUCUCUCUCUCUCCUCUUUUCAUCUAAUUUCUUCUACAAUUCUUGAAGAUAUACUUCUCUUAUGGCUAGCUUCUCUUGAACCCGUCUUUUUUAUCACUUCAUACUUAUCAUUUGUGUAUUAAUUCUUGGUUUGUUUGCUCUUAAAUUGUAUGAUCUCAAAUUUCUCUUUUGAUUUAGAUAGAUAUGAGUGACACAAUGAGGCCAAGGAUAAAGGUUAGGUUUCACUUAGUUUAUGAUAGGGGAUAAUUGAUCAAUUAACCCAAAUCCUUAUUAUCUAUCAAGUUAUCUUUUCUUUUUGGCCUUUUUAAUUAUCAUUAUUGAAUCUUUUUGUUUAGGGGAAGGAGUUGUGUGGUUUUUGAGCCCAACAUCAAUUUCUUGUAUACAAAUAUAGCUAGUCGUUGUUAGCUUUUGCUCCAAAUUAAGCAUAGUGAAUGGAAGUGAUUAAGGGAAAAGGAAGGAAAAGAAAUUUGAUCAUCCAAACAUGGGAGAGAUGCAAAUCCUUAGGCAGAAACAGCAAGAAAACAUCAAGACUCGUCCGUUCUUUAACAGGUAAGAGCAAAUCAUGGCCACGGCUCCACCCUAAUUCAAUGGAAGAAGAUGAUCAAUUCUCAAGAAAAAAAAGGCAAGUAGCUCCUGAAGGAUGCUUCUCUGUGUACGUUGGACCCCAGAAACAGAGGUUUGUGAUCAAGACUGAAUAUGCAAAUCACCCACUUUUCAAGAUUCUACUUGAAGAAGCAGAAUCAGAAUAUGGUUACAACCCAGAAGGCCCUCUCGCACUCCCAUGCAACGUUGACCUCUUCUACAAGGUGCUUGUAGCCAUGGAUGAUCAUAACGAUGAAACAAAUCGUCAGGGAUGUGGCUUCUCCAUGAAGCAUGGCUCCUCCUAUCGCCUUCUUAGCCCGGCUCGAUUGAUCGCCAUGAAUCAGUUCUAAAAGCCGAUCAUACAUAUAGUCUAUACUGUUGUUAAUUAAACUUUUUUCUUUUUUUUACCCUUAAUUAUGAAGAAUAAGGCCUAUUAAUUUGUGCCUUUCGUACUUCAUUAAAGCUUGUUUAAUUAUGUGUGGUCAAAUCAUGUACAGUUGGAAAGGAUGAGCAAAAGCAAUAAAAUCCAAGUCAUGUAAGAUCUAUCACUACCAUUAUAUGAACUUGUGUUCUGUAUUUUUGUUGA